ACCUGAUUAUUUGUCCUUCUACUUCCUCAUCCACAUCAUCUUUCUCUUUCGAAAUGGCAGCUCGGGCGAUCCAAAGGCUUGGACCCCAGCUGGCAAAAGCUGCUUUGGCGUCUCGGACCUUCCAUUGCAGCCACGUGGACCAAGGCGGUGGCAAAUGGAGAGUAAAGCAAGGUUUCCCUGUAAACCCUUCCAUGUAUGGACCUUUAACAGACCUGCCUGAUUGGUCAUUUGCAGAUGGGCGACCAGCUCCUCCAAUGAAACGUCAGCUCCAACGGAAGGAAAAGAACAAAGAGUUUGCACGUCGUGUCGUCCAGCUUUCUGCAGAGAUAGAUCAUGGGAUGGAGAAGUGGAAGGCAAAGCAGAGACAACAAGAAGAAAUGGAAAAGGAAAAGCAAGUCAACCGACUGCAGCCCAAAGGAAAUAUCUGUUCUCGGGCCUCCAAAUAAACACUUUAUGUAGUUUGUUUAUUGUA